AUGGCUUCUUUUCCGCUGCUCUUUUUACCGCCGCCGGUUGUCGGCCACGAAUCGGGCUUGUUCAACCCUCGCGUUGUCGUGGGCGGAGAAGCUCUGUCCACCGCGGCGGCCGCCUACACCACCACAAGCAACGACUGCCGAGUCCGCGUCUCCGUGCGGCUCGAACUCCCCCCCGCGGAGUCCUACCUGCACAUGCAAACCGACGACACGCUCCUCAAAGAUCCCUUGGUGCUGGCUGCCUGCGGCGACCUCCUCCUCGUCCACAUGGUCGUCCACGACGCUGCCGAUGAUCUGUCGUGCAAGCAGAACCUCUUCGUAUACAAGGCCCACCCCACUCGCCCGUCGCUCAGUCGUCUCCCCAAUCCCGACACCUUCACCGGCUGGGCCCAAUCUUGUGGCAUCGUCCCCUGUGACGACGGGGGUUUCGUUGUGGCUUCUUUUCGGACAAUCAAGACUGACUUAGAUCUGCAAACAGGAUUGGCGAUGGAGCGUGUCGAGUUCUUGCACUAUUCUCCUGCCACCGGACACUGGGAUUUGAAGAGUCCAACAAUGCCCUACGAUGGCGAGGCCCUCAAGCCGUGCCUAUGGGAGACAGAUCAGGUAUUCUCCUAUCCAGAUGGUACAAUAUACUGGGUGGAUUACCACCGCGGCUUAUUGUCCUGCAACGUGCUUUCUGCUGGUGAAAAUCUAGAGCUCCGUUUCAUCCAGCUUCCAGGGAUAGAAAUUUGGACUGAGCUCGAUGAUCUCUCUUAUGGUCGUGUAUACCCUGAGGCAUAUAGAACUGUUGGUGUAUGCAAAGGUAUUGUUAACUUUGUUGACAUCGAUAAUGGCUUUUUUGGAAGCAUGAAGAAAUCUGGUUUCACAGUCACAGUUUGGACUUUGAAAAUGCCGGAGUUGGAAUGGCAUCAGACAAGCAUGUUCCAAGUCGAUGAUUUAUGGGCUCUUGCAAACUUCCGAGAGUCUUCCCUUCCACGAUGGGUGCCACAAUUCCCUAUUGUGAACACACAUGAUAAUCAUGGUUUAUACUUCAUAUUGCAAGAGUGUGACAGUUUUGGUGAGGACUGGAUCAUCACAGUGGAUAUGCACAACAAAGUGUUGCAGUCAUAUGAGCGGCGCAUUUACUCAAUCUUGGAAUGA